AUAGAGGAUAUGCACGAGGCCAGGGAUAUGAGCACUGGAUCUCAGACUUACGAGAAUGACGUGACCACUUAAACCCCUCUUCUCCCACCCUUCUUCCACACUACCCUACGAACUUUCCCUCUACAGAAAGCCCCUAAACGUGAAGUCAGACAUGUCCGUUGAAUCAGCUAACAUCAAUAUCGUUGUCGUAGACUCCGUGUCUCUACUUCAGUCGGUCAUAGACGCAGCGGUUACAGGGCUACGAACCGACUCUCCCUCACUUUUUAUCAAUUUGGAGGGAAUGAACCUCGGCCGAUGCGGCUCGAUUUCAAUCAUGUCGGUCUAUGUGCCCAAUAAAAGCAUUGUAUACCUCAUCGACGUACACAAAUUGGGAAACGAAGCAUUUUCAACCGUCAAUAGAGAUGGCAAAUCUCUCAAAUAUGUGCUAGAAUGUCCGGCAAUGCUGAAUGUGCUAUUUGAUGCUCGGCGUGAUUUAGAUGCAUUGUCCGCUCUUUUUGGACUCUCCGUUGACGGCAUCAGAGAUGUUCAAUUGAUGGAGCUGGGAACAAGAAAGGAAUCGAAAGAUUUCUUAGCUGGUCUAGACAAAUGUGUCGUGAAUGACAGUAAUUUUCGGCAGCAGAGAAACAAGCAUGGAGGCUUAACAAAGCUAAUACUCGGCGACUGUUUGAUCCUGCUUUAGGAGGGCGAUACGACAUAUUUAACGAGCGCCCUAUUCGACUGGAUAUCAAGAAAUACUGCGCUGGAGACGUGA